UUGCUGCACCCUUGGAUGGCCACACAGGCCCUGCUCACCACUGAGUAUUGCUUUUGGAUCCAGGUGGUCUUCGGGAGAAAGCUUCCUGCCUUUGCCACUAUACCCAUCCAUCAGUUGCAGCAUGAGAAGAAAUAUGACAUCUACUUUGCAGAUGGGAAGGUGUUUGCAUUGUACAGGCAGCUGCUGCAGCAUGAAUGCCCACAGUGCCCCCAGCUGCCACCCUUUGGCCUCUUCGGGGAUCUGGAGCAGCACAUGAGGAAGCAGCAUGAGCUUUUCUGCUGCAAGUUGUGCCUGAAGCACCUCAAGAUCUUCACGUAUGAACGCAAGUGGUAUUCACGAAAGGACCUGGCUCGGCACCGCAUGCAGGGAGACCCUGAUGACACAUCACACCGGGGACAUCCACUUUGCAAGUUCUGCGAUGAGCGCUACCUGGACAAUGAUGAACUGCUCAAGCAUCUGCGUCGUGACCACUACUUCUGCCACUUCUGUGACUCAGAUGGGGCCCAGGACUACUACAGUGACUAUGCAUACUUGCGUGAGCACUUCCGGGAGAAGCACUUCCUGUGUGAGGAGGGCCGCUGCAACACAGAGCAGUUCACCCACGCCUUCCGCACUGAGAUUGAUCUCAAGGCACACAGGAUGGCUUGCCAUAGCCGCAGCCGUGCAGAGGCACGUCAGAACCGCCAGAUUGACCUGCAGUUUAGCUUCACACCACGGCACUCACGCCGGAGUGAGGGGCCCAGAACAGUGACAGGCUGUGUGCUGACCACAGGGGUCAUCAGCGGUGAGGACUAUGAGGAGGUGGACAGGUACAACCGCCAGGGCCGAGCGGGCCGGGCCAGCGGGCGUGGAGCCCAGCAGAGCCGCCGAGGAAGCUGGAGGUACAAGAGGGAAGAAGAGGACCGAGAAGUAGCAGCUGCCAUCCAGGCCUCAGUGGCUGCUCCGCAGCAGGAUGAGACUCGUAGGAGCGAGGACCACGAGGAGGGCAGCAAGCCCAAGAAAGAGGAAACAGCUGCCCGGGGGUCUGAGGAGCCCCGUGGUCCUCGGCGCCUGCCCCGUACUCAGGGGGAAGGCCCAGGCCCCAAGGAAGCCUCAGGAAAUGAUCCAGUAGGCCAAGAAACCUCCUCAGCCCCGGGCUCAAGCACAGCAGCUGUCCCUCCAAGCGCCCUCCUGCCACCCACCCCAAAGCUCAAGGAUGAAGACUUCCCCAGCCUCCAUGCCUCCGCUUCUUCCUGUUGCCCAGUGACAGCCCCAGGCCCUGUAGGGUUGACGCUGGCGUACCCUGGUCCCGCCAGAGGCAGGAACGCCUUCCAGGAGGAGGACUUCCCUGCCUUGGUGUCCUCAGCAUCCAAGCCCAGCACUACCACCCGAAGCCUCAUCUCUGCCUGGAACAGCAGCUGUGGCAAAAAGGGGGCCCUACCCACCCCUGGGGCUCAGGCUGCCAGUGGGGGUAGCCAGCCCCCAAAAAAGCCAGGGAAGGGGAUCAGGGGCUGCCGGAAGGGUGGCUCAGCCCCCAUGGAAGAAGAGGAGGGAGGUGGCCUCAUUGUUCAGGAGCUUCGGACCACACCCACCACAGUAGCUGUCUCCACCUUGUUGGGGUCAGCUCCUACCCAUACCUCCACCAAGGUCAGCAAGAAGAAGAAGGUGGGCUCUGAGAAGCCUGGUGCCAUGCCAUCCCCUCCGGUGCCCCCUGAACAUACACCAAACCCCCCUGUGGCUGAGCAGGCCCUCGACAUCCCUGUGAGCCGAGCUGAGGGUCCAGUACCUGUCGUUGUCAAUGGACACACCGAGGGGCCAGCCCUGACACGGAGUGCCCCCAAGGAACCCCCUGGGCUCCCGAGGCCCCUGGGGCCCCUCCCCUGCCCCGCACCCCAGGAAGACUUCCCGGCGCUGGGAGGCCCCUGCCUGCCCCGGAUGCCUCCUCCCCCAGGCUUCAACGCUGUGGUGCUCCUGAAGGGUACCCCGCCCCCGCCCCCACCAGGCCUGGUGCCUCCCAUCAGCAAGCCGCCCCCUGGCUUCUCCAACCUCCUGCCUGGGCCCCACCCAGCCUGCAUCCCCAGCCCUAACACCACCACCGUGAAAACACCCAGGCUGACGCCCUCAUCACGGUCCUACUUGGUUCCUGAGAACUUCCGGGAGAGGAACCUCCAGCUCAUCCAGUCCAUCAAGGACUUCCUGCAGAGCAAUGAGGCCCGCUUCAGCAAGUUCAAGAGCCACUCGGGGGAGUUCAGACAGGGAAUGAUCUCUGCGGCCCAGUAUUACAGGAGCUGCCGGGACCUGCUUGGGGAGAACUUCCAAAGAAUCUUCAGAGAGUUGCUAGUGCUGCUGCCAGAUACGGCCAAGCAGCAGGAGCUGCUGUCUGCACACACGGACUUCUGCAGCCGUGAAAAGCCUCCUGUUGCCAAGUCCAAGAAGAAUAAGAAGAACGCAUGGCAAGCCAGCACCCAGCAGAUGGGCCUGGACUGUUGUGUGUGCCCUACCUGUCAGCAGGUCCUCGCACAUGGUGAUGUCAGCAGCCAUCAGGCGUUACACGCUGCCCGGGAUGAUGACUUUCCCUCCCUGCAAGCCAUUGCCAGGAUUAUUACGUAGCUCCUGCCAGAGUGGGCAGGAGCUGUCACAUCUGUGCAGCUCCUUUCCCCCUCCUUCCUCCUCGUGGCUGCCAGGCAGCCAGGUAAGGCCCUGGGGAGGGCACUGCUCAGAGCUUGUGGUUGGCCAAGCCUGCUGGGGGUCACCAGCACGGGCUGACAGCACACUGUCUCACAGAUGUCUCCUCCCCUGCCCUUUAGUGGGCCAGUCUUGGUUUGUAUUUUGUUCUUUUGGAAGGUGCCAAGGGAGGGAAGGGCUGGGAUGCUGGGAACUGUACCUGCAGUCACAGCCAGAGGCCACAGUGACCCAGCCUGGGUCUCCGGAGACUGGGGCCUACAGCCCCCAGAACCAAAAGCUGUGAGUCCACUGGUGCUGGGUUAGAUGUUGAGUGUGUUGUGUAAGGAGUUGGCUGUUUCAUAACUCAAGAAUGUUGGGGAUUAAAAGCAGACACAAAAUUGUGCUACUUGAAGUUGAAUCUUUUUUACAAGACAAGCUGAAUCUGGGAUCUUAAAUUGUCUCUGACCUUUUAUAAGACAGUU